CAACAGAGAACCGCGAGGGUUUAGGGGAGUCUUCCCUUCACUGCCACUAUUUCCUUUCUUCUUCUUCUUCUUGCUUCUGCAAGUGUUCAAGGAAGGGAGAGAGUCGAUUGAGAGGAUGAGGAUCUCCCGAAGCGCUCGUUUUCUUGGGGCAUCGAUGUGCUCUGCCGUCCGUUCGGAGAAUUCCAUUUCGUCCGCCAUCGAGGCGUCUCUGCCGUUCUCUUAUUACUCUCAACAGCGCCGGACCUUAUCCAUCCCUUCCCUUCUGCCUCCAAGCUCACGAAAUGAAAUUGAACAAUUUCUGGAUCAAGCAUUUUGCUCUACAAGUGUGAAGGCAUCAUUCAGUACUGAGGCAAAGACGGUUACAGCUACACCUUCAGAAGCUGCACAGGAACUCUACAAUAAAAUGCUGAAAUCUGUGGAAGCUGGAACAAUGCCUCCAAAUGCUUGGCUGAGGGCUAUGUUUGCAAGCUGUGUAAACCGGGAAGAUGUGAAGCUUCUAUUCGGAAUACUGCAAAAGCUUCGAAUUUUUCGGCUAUCCCACCUUCGCAUCCAUGAUAAUUUCAAUUCUCAAUACUGUAUGCAAAUUGCCGAGGCAUGUGCACGUGCUGGUGCUGUAGACCUUGGACUAAAAGUGCUUUGGAAGCAUAAUGUCUAUGGUAUAACUCCCACUAUUGGAUCUGCUCAUUACCUGCUGUUACAUGCAAAAGAACACAAUGAUGCAAAAGCGAUGGUUAAGAUAUUGCAAGUGAUGAAAAGGAAUUCCUUACAAUUUCAACCAACGACAGCCGACAUAGUUUUCAGCAUCUGUUACAAUGUGGGCGACUGGGAUCUCAUCUGUAAGUUUGCGAAAAAAUUCAUUAAGAGUGGAAUAAAACUGCAUCGAACUGCUUAUGACAUUUGGAUGGAUUUUGCUGCAAAAAUGGGAAAGAUGGAGUUGAUAUGGGAAAUUGAGGAGCUUAGGUCAAAAUCUGGGAAGAAACAUACUGUUCCAACUGCUUUUGCUUGUGUCAAGGGGUAUCUACUUCAACAUCAGCCUGAAAAUGCUGCUGUCACCAUUCAUUUGCUCAGUCAGAACCUACCUGAUGCAAAGAAACCAUUGAUCCAAAUAGAGCUUCAGAAACUAGUGACUGAAUGGAUUUCAGCAGUAAAAGAGCAACAAAAUAAGGAGGAAAGAAAGGAGUUUUCUGCACGCUUGAAGAGUGAUAUCACAAGUAUGAUGGAACAUCUACUAAGUAUGGGCCUCGAACUGGAGCUCAACAUGGAAGAUAAACCUGUUGCUAGCUAAAUUAUGGAUAUAUUGAAGCUUGAAGAAAAUUCUGCCAGCACCUUAUCGAUCUGCUAUGGGAACCAACAGGCACAAGCAUAUUAGGCGCUGCCUUGGACGUUACCACGGUUGGUUGCUGGAGAGAGAGAGAGAGAGAGAGAGAGCGCCCUUUCUUUUGGCACAGGUUGUAUAAUUAACAAAACGCUUUGCCGGUUCGCGCUUCACCAAUAAUGAAUUUUGCACCAUUCUUGUAGUCCAUUUAUGUAUGUGUGUGUUUAUUAA